AUGGAAAGUUGGCUCAAAACGGGGCGCCUCACAAGUGGCAAAAGUAUUUCGGAUUCUUCAUUAGAUUCAGAGCCACCAGCAGUGUGUACUGAAAAUAUUUCAGAAAAUGUUCCUGGUUCGUCGGGUUUGCUAAAUACACAAGACCCUAGUGCCGGACAGAAUAUACAACAUACAAUCACCAAAAGAGUUGCAACCCAGGAGAAAACUUCUUCAAAAAAGAGAAGAUACGACGAACCCUACUUGUCCUUUGGAUUUGUUCCUGUGGGAAUGACUGAGAACUCGGAUUGA